AAAGCACAAAUAAUGUCUGAAACAUUUAGCGGCCGGCGUCCGCCUCGACGCGAGCCGCACCGUUAUGCCUGCCUGUUAUAAAUGUAGGCCCUCCACCGGCCGGCGCAGUUCCGCGCACUCCGCCAUGAGGUUAUACGCGUUCAUACUCGCCGUGUGCGUGUGCGCGCACCACACACGCGCGGCCUCCAUCGCACUCCCCGACAACAAGUUCGAUCUCGAUAACGUCGAUCUCGAAGAUGAACCGAAGGAGGACAACCUGAGAAACACCAACGAAGUUAUCCCGGUCAAAGUCAUCGAGGAACCAGUGCUAGAUGAAAACUCGAACGAUUACGUCCCACCUUACGACACCAAUAUCAACAUCAAGAGGGUCGAAGUGGACUUAGCAAACCCCGGCCUGCCACAAAGGCAGCAACACGAGACACAGAACCCGGAAAACUUCAGCGAUAAUGAUAAAAUUAUCGUCGCAAUCAGACACACGAUAGAGCAAGCGGAGAAUGUUUUCAACGAAGGUCUAAAAGGUGUAUCGAACAGUUUCAAAACAUUCUUACAAGCCAACGAAGAUCUACCAGCUAUUCAAGAGAAUAUUAAAAAUUUAAAAGAAACUUUCACCGGACAGAUUGAGAAGCUAAAUGAAACGAUUAGAACUUACUUAAAACCGGAGACUGCGACUUCCGGCGAGAGUGUGGCUAACCCUAAACUAGAAAUAGUUCAGGCGCGUCUUACAUUCUUAGAUGACAACUUUAGACUUGGUCUCGACACUCUAACGGAAGGAGUCGAAGUAUAUUCCAUUAUCAAAGAGGAAGAUAAAGCUGAAGCUGAGAAAGCUAUCGAACUUAAAGCUGAUGUAAAAGCUGAGCCUGAAGUUGUUCCAGUUGACCCUACGAAACCAGUUGACAAGCCUGCACCUGCAAACCCUGCACCGGGAAACGUGCCCCCAGCCACUGGACCCCAGUCUCCAUUGACUAUAUUCAUCACAAACUGGCAAAACACCAUGUCCAAUGCAUUCACAUCAUUUUCAAACAUGUUUACCGGAAACAAUGCUAAUGGACAAAUUCCUGGCCAAGCACAGCCGAGCAAUCCGAUCGCUAAUUUAUUCCAAGGGAUAUCUCUACCGAACAUUUUCCAAGGUCAGAAUACAGGUGGUCAAGCACAAGUACCCGCCAAGCCAGUGACUGACACCCAGGCACAGCAUUCGAAUCCCUCUAACACACAAGCGGAUACCGUCCCAGCACCCGCCCCUCCCCCUCUAUGGACUCCACAGGGCUUAUAUAACAGCGUUACAUCCACAUGGACAUCCACAUGGAACAACCUCGUUAACCCUGGCCAGAACAACCAACCACAAGAGCAGCAAAACGUUCCACCACAGUCAGCCAAUCCAAACCCGUUCCAGCAAGCGAUUCAGAACAUAGUAUCAUUUAUAACUCCACAGCCGCCUCAAGCACAGCAACCAGUAAACCCUGUAAACCCUCAACCACCCGCAGUAGCUGCAACACCAGAAAAAACUCCCCAGAAAGCUCCAGAAAGUGCCCCCACUAAACCAGAAGCCACAGUAGCCGUACAAGGUAGCAAUGUUGUGCCAGCACCUGUGAAUGAGCAGCCUCAAGAACCAGCACAACCUAGCGAAGUCAAUCCUGUCUCCACUCCAGCUGGUCCUAUACAGCAACUGGUUCAAAAUAACCCCAUAAUUAAAGGAAUACAGAACGCAGUUCAAAGGAUUCAGGGUCCCCCGAACCCUGAAACACCCAGAGAAGAAGUGGUUCAAGAAACUGUAAACAAAGGGGAAAUUGAGGACCCCAAAGGCCAUCAUCACGGCGGACAUUGGUCGGAGAACAACGUGACAAAUCAAGUGACUGCAUGGGGGACGUUUGUAAACGGACUCGUAACUAGCAUAGGUGCUUUGCUAAAUGGUACCACCACCUCGGUGUCGACUGCAGUCAAUAGUGCUAUCAAUACCAUAGGUGCAAAUCUACAGGCAGUUCUAGCGACAGCAGCGGGCUAGAAGACAAGGUCGAGGACAAAAAGGAGGAAGAAAAGGUACAAAACACCCCUUCCGAGGAAAAGGAAGUUGUAGAAGAACAAUUGAAACCGGAAGAACUGAAAACCCCGGUUGCUGACAAGACUGAAUAAGUCGUAGUGUGAUACUGUAGCUAAACUAAUUUAUUUAUUUUAAGGAAUUAAAGAAAUAAGAAAUGUAAAUAAAAGAAAAUUGAUUCGGAAAGUUUAAUAAAGGAAACUUUUGAAA